AUGGCUAAGUGGGUGUCAGUGCUCGCAGCCUAUGACCUGAAAUUUGUACAACGUAAGGCAGUAAAAGGCGGAGCUUUGGCUGACCAGUUAGCCGAAUUACCGGUCGAAGAUCAAAUGCCGAAGGUAGAAUUCCCCGACGAAAACCUGUUGCACCUGGAAAAUCAGGUCUGGGAGAUGUACUUCGAUGGAGCCUCGAAUUACCAUGGAAAUGGGAUUGGAGUUGUAUUCAAAACUCCUUGUGGAGAAUACGUCCCAAUUGCAGUUAAACUAGACUUUGACUGUACCAAUAAUGAGGCCGAAUACGAAGCCUGUAUCAAGGGCAAGGGUUUUGAUGAAUGGUAUCUUGUCCCCACUAUGGUCCUCUGCCAGUCCCACAAUCCAAUUCGAGACGUGCCUCUUGUCUCCUACGCAUUGGCUUCUCCAUGGUUAAAUGAUAUCGUGGGAAUCCAGGUGCACAGGUUACUCUCGGCUCGCCCGCUGACAGGAGACCAAGUCAUUCGACCUUUGACGGUUCGGCUGCAGAAACAGCCAGCACAUGUCAUGAAUCUAGUCGAUGACAAGCCGUGGUUUUGGGAUAUACGGAAUUAUCUCCAGAAUGAAGCCUACCCGGAGGGAUUCAACAAGACUGAUCAACGGACAUUGAGACAGUUAGCAUCUGGAUAUUUCCUGGGGGAGUUUUGUAUAAAAGAAGUUGGAAUGGCAUGCACCUAA